AUGUCUGACACCUUGCUUGAUAUCCGUCGUGCUGGCGUCGAGGCCAAAAGGGCUCACGACCACAAGGCCAAGUGGGCGUACGGCAGCCGUUCUACCCUGCCUCGUUAUAGCCAAGCUGUCCACUCUCAUGUCUUGCACAAGGCUAGGCCGAGGUUGCCAGCGACUCAUUACACAACCUUGACACGCCAGAUGCGGUUCCAGCGAAAGGCUGAAACCAACCAUCAUCUCAGCGACGCCAAGAUCGCCCUGCGCGCUGACGUCCGUGAGGCUCUCGACAGUGGAACGUCGGAUUCUUCCAGCGAUGAUAUCGAUGACCCUGCCGCGGCGGAGAAGAUUAUCGAUGAUGCUGAGGGGAAGGAUACGCUGCGUGACUAUGAUGUGGCGGGCCAGACUAUACUCUCUGAUGCUGUGAGCAAGGCUGUCGAGAAGUUCGAGACGAAGGAGACAGAGCGGAUUGUCAAGGAGUACGAGAUGAUCUCUUAUGAGGGUGAGACUGCCCUGGGCUACAUGGCUGACGACGAUGACUUUGAGCUGGUCGAUCGGAUCAAGCUAUGA